AUGACUAUUGAAGAUUUGAUUGAAUCUACCGAAAAAUGUUUUGGCUCUGUCUUAGUAAGAACAUGUGAGCUUGAUACUGAUGCAGGAUGGUUCUAUCAAGCAUGCUCCAAAUGUGCCUCAAAAAUUAAUAUAAUUGAAGGAAAGCUAUAUUGUGACAGAUGCAAGAUGCCAAAAACUGCCGUUCCUAGGUUUAAGGUUCAUAUACAAGUCAUAGAUAAGACCGGAUCAACAACUUUUAUUUUGUUUGAUCGCAUUGUGUCUCAAGUGCUGGGCAGAAAUGUACAAGAUCUGCUUGAUUCUAUGGGUCAGGGGAGUAAUGCUAAUGCCUAUCCAUCAGACUUGGAUACAUUUCUGGACAAACAAAUAUUAUUCAAAGUUGAAAUAACUAAUAAUGAAGAGAAAGUUGAACAUGUUGAAGAAGUAACUAGACUUGCUGAUGAGAAACCGGUGAUAAAGUGUGUUAUUUUCUACUCUAAAACAGAAAAUCAACAUGGAAAAAAUGAGGAAGAAAUUCAACGUCUCAAUCAGCUCAAAAGGAAGCAACAACUUUCGGUCAUUGAUUCUUUUAUUGAAAAUCAUAAUGAGUACAACAACAUGUUGAUAAAGUGUCUUAUUUCCCGCUAUAAAACAGAAAAGCAACAUGGAGAAAAUGAUGCAGAAAUUCAACGUUUCAGUCGGCUCAAAAGGAAGCAACAACUUGAUUUGAAACAUAUUAAAAAAAUCACGUUACAAAAUAUGGAAAUUGAUUCUUCUAUUGAAAAUCAUAAUGAGUACAACAACAUGGUAUCCAUCACAAAUGGAGAAGAGUCGGAUAUACCUUCUAAUUCAGACAUUAUGUCAAUGGUGGAAAAUGACAAUGAGUUAAACACCAUGGUAUGCAUGACAAAUGUAGAAGAGUCGAAUGUACCUUCUAAUUCAGGGAUUCAAUUUCCGUUAGAAAUUGACAAUGAACAAUUAGAUGAUACUGCUAACUCAGAUUCGCAAUAUUUAAAUAUGGGUCACCCAAUAUGUGUUUGUGAAUUCUGUGGUGCAUUGAUGUGGUAUGAAGAACGCGUUCAAAAACAGUAUAGACCACUGACACCAAAAUUUUCAAUGUGUUGCAUGCAAGGCAAGAUUCUAAUUGCUCCAUACCCCACUCUUCCUCAAUCUUUGCAUGAUUUGUAUCACAAACAUGACAGAAGGAGUAAAUUCUUUUUGGAAAAUAUUAGAUCUUUCAAUAGUAUGUUUGCUUUCACCUCUAUGGGAGGAAAAAUAAAUAAGGAAAUAAAUAAUGGUAAUGCACCACCAAUAUUUGUGAUGAAUGGUGAAAACUUUCAUCAAAUUGGAAGUUUGUUGCCUUUACCAGGGAACCAACCAAAAUUUUCUCAACUAUACAUCUACGACACUGAUAAUGAAAUAGCUAACAGAAUGGCCGUUGUCAGAAUGGAUGGUGAAGACUUUGAGUUGAAAUCAACAAUUGUUAGCGAUAUAAGGGAAGUUCUUGAUAAUUUCAAUCCCUAUGUCAAAACAUAUAGGAUAAUUCGAGACACCAUAACAAAACAAAAUGCUCCAACUAUGAAGUUAAUAAUAUUAAGAAACAGAGGUUGUGAUGGUCGACGAUACAAUCUUCCAACAGCUUCAGAGGUGGCAGCAUUGGUCGUUGGUGAUUUUGAUUCAGUAGACUUUGAUAGAGAUGUUGUUGUUGAGACUCAAUCUGGAUUGUUGCAACGUAUUUCUGUAUUUGAGCCAACAUAUUUACCAUUACAAUAUCCACUUCUAUUACCUAGAGGAGAAGACGGGUUUCGAAAAGAUAUUCCAUAUAAUGAAGAUACUAAUACGUCCACUUCAAAAAGGAAGUUUGUCACACAAAAAGAAUGGGUUGCAUACAAAAUUCAACAAAGAGAUACAAAUCAGUCAACAUUAUUGUUUUUUGAAAGAUUAUUUCAACAAUUUUUGGUGGAUUCAUUUAGUGCAAUAGAGUCUUCGCGCUUGAAGUGGAUUAGAGAUCAUCAGAAAGACUUAAGAGCAGAAAUCUACAAGGGGUUAACCGAGGCCAUUCUUAGAGGAGAGACUAAUCCAACUUCAUCAGGAAAAAGAAUUGUGUUUCCGUCUACAUUUGUUGGUGGAGUAAGAUAUAUGAUACAAAAUUAUCAGGAUGCCAUGGCAAUUUGUGGUUGGAUAGGAUAUCCUGACUUAUUUAUCACUUUCACAUGUAACCAUAAAUGGCCUGAAUUGGUUGAUUUUUUGAAAACAUAUCACCUAAAGCCAGAGGAUAGGCCCGAUUUAGUGAGUCGACUUUUCAAAAUUAAACUUGAUCAGUUAAUAAAAGACAUCAAGAAAGGCACUAUUUUUGGAAAAGUCAAAUCAGUAAUAUACACUAUUGAGUUUCAAAAGCAUGGACUCCCACAUGCUCACAUAUUGGUUUUCCUUCAAACUAAUUAUAAGUGUGUCUGUCCUAAUGAUAUUGACAAAAUAAUAUCUGCCGAGAUUCCAAAUAAAGAUAAAGAGCCUGAGUUGUUUAAAGUGGUAUCUUCAUUGAUGAUUCAUGGUCCAUGCGGCGCUCAAAAUAAAAAAACUCCAUGCAUGCAUAAUGGAAAGUGUUCAAAACAUUUUCCAAAAAAAUUUGUUGAUUCUACCGUUAUUGACGAAGAUAUAUAUCCGGUAUAUAAAAGGAGAGACAAUGAUGUGUUUAUUCAAAAAGGUGACUCAUUUGUAGAUAACAGGUUUGUGGUUCCUUAUAAUAAACAUUUGUUAUUGAAGUAUAAUGCUCAUAUAAAUGUGGAGUGGUGCAAUCAGUCACGGUCAAUUAAAUAUCUUUUUAAAUAUGUCAACAAAGGGCAUGAUCGAGUCACUGUUGCCUUUUAUAGCACCGGAAAUGAGCAAAAUAAAUCUGAUUGUUUGGAUGAAAUAAAGAUGUACUACGACUGUAGAUAUUUGUCAGCAUGUGAAGCUGUUUGGAGAAUAUUUUCUUUUGAUAUUAAUUAUAGAGAACCAUCAGUGGAACGACUAAAUUUUCAUUUAAAGAAUGAGCAACAUGCGAUAUAUGAUGAUUAUGCUGACAUUCAGGAUGUUGUGAACAAAAAAUAUGUUCAUUGUACAAAAUUUUUGGCAUGGAUGGAUGCCAACAAAAUAUAUCCUAAAGCAAAAAAUCUUACAUACAGUCAAUUUCCAACAAAGUUUGUGUGGAAAGUUGAAGAACAUGAAUGGGCUCCACGAAAACAAGGAUUUGCAAUUGGGAGACUUCAUUUUGUUCCCCCUGGAUCUGGUGAGAUAUUUUAUUUGAGAACUUUGCUAAAUCAUGUGAAGGGUCCUACAUCUUUUGAAGAAAUAAAAACAGUUAAUAAUGAUACAAAGAAGACUUUUAAGGAGGCUUGCUAUGCAUUAGGAUUUUUGGAUGAUGAUAAGGAAUACAUAGAUGCAAUUGUGGAGGCAAGCCAAUGGGGUACAGGAGAAUAUUUGCGCCUAUUGUUUGCAACUUUAUUAUUGUCAAAGCAAAUAUCUCACCCAGAUUUUGUUUGGAAUAACACUUGGGAGUAUUUGUGUGAUGAUAUUUUACAUAAGCAACGACGCCUUUUGCACAUUGAAGAUAUGGUCUUGACUCCCGAUCAACUGAAAAGCUACGCUUUAGCUGAAAUAGAGACAUUCUUACAAAGUAAUAACAAGAGUUUGGAAGAUUAUCUUGAAAUGCCUCAAGCAUAUGUGUCAUUAAUACCCAAGAGAAAUAAUACAUUGAUUUAUGAUGAGUUGAACUAUGACAGAAAAUCUUUGGUUGAGGAGCAUCGUAUAUUAAUGUCAACAAUGACUGUUGAACAAAAAGGAAUAUAUGAUCGUAUCAUGAAAAGGGUAAAUGAAAAUAAACCAGGAUUUUUUUUCCUUUAUGGAUAUGGAGGAACUGGAAAAACUUAUAUUUGGAGAUCAAUGUCAGCAGCAUUAAGAUCAAAGGGUGAGAUUGUUAUAACAGUAGCUUCAAGUGGGAUAGCUGCAUUGCUUAUUCCAGGAGGGAGAACUGAACACUCAAGGUUUUGCAUACCUAUAAAUGUUGAUGAAUGCUCAACAUGCGAAAUAACUCCAAAAAGUGAUUUGGCCGAUUUAAUAGCCAAGGCAAAGAUGAUCAUAUGGGAUGAAGCACCAAUGAUGCAUAAGCAUUGUUUUGAAGCUGUUGAUCGCACUUUAAGGGAUAUUCUUCGAUCUUAUAAUAAUGGAAGUUUAGAUAUCCCAUUUGGUGGAAAAGUAGUUGUUUUGGGUGGAGAUUUUCGCCAAAUCCUUCCUAUCAUACCUAAAGGAACUAGACAAGACGUUGUUCAUGCUACUAUCAAUUCUUCCUAUCUUUGGAAUUUUUGUGAAGUUCUUACAUUAACUACAAACAUGAGACUUCUAACUAGAAGUUCAACGUCUGAUAUUGAAGAAAGAACGAAAUUUUCUCGGUGGAUUUUGGGAAUUGGUGAUGGAAGUAUUGGAGAAACUAAUGAUGAAAAUAUCACAAUCAAUAUACCAAACAAUUUUCUAAUUCCAAGUUUUGGUGAUCCACUUGCGGCUAUUGUUCAAAACACAUAUCCAAAUCUUUUCCAAAAUAUGAGUGACCAGACAUUUUUUCAAGAUAGGGCUAUAUUAGCUCCUAAGAAUAUAAUUGUUGACUCAAUCAAUGAUUACAUGCUGGAUUUAGUAAGUGGAAAAGAAAUAAUAUAUUUGAGUUUUGAUUCUCCGUAUUAUAAAAACUCAGAUGUUGACAUCCCAAAUGAUAUACACACUCCUGAAUUUUUGAACACAAUUAUUUCUUCUGGACUUCCAAAUCACAAGUUAAGAUUAAAAGUUGGAGUACCAGUAAUGUUAUUGAGAAAUAUUGAACAAUCUUUAGGUUUGUGUAAUGGAACACGAUUAAUAAUUACAAAAAUGGGAAAAUAUGUCGUUGAAGCAAAGGUCAUUUCAGGAAGCAAUAUUGGUCAAAAAGUUUAUAUUCCAAGGUUAUCAUUGACUCCUUCUGAUAAGAGAAUCCCUUUCAAAUUCCAACGGCGCCAAUUUCCUUUAGCUGUUUCAUUUGCAAUGACUAUCAAUAAAAGUCAAGGACAAUCACUCAAACAUGUUGGAGUAUAUCUACCUCAACCAAUUUUCUCUCAUGGACAACUAUAUGUUACCAUAUCACGGGUCACUUCAAAAAAAGGGUUGAAGAUAUUGGUGACUAAUGAUGAAGGUGAAGAUAUAGAUACAACAUCAAAUGUAGUUUACAAAGAAAUAUUUAAUAAUAUUCUUUAG